AUUGUACGAAUUAUCAAACAGAAGAGUUCCAAUAGGGUAGCAUUUUUUGGCAAAAGAGAAAUGACACAAGCCAAACAAAGACGUUUUGGUCGAGAUUAAUCAACGUAAACUUUGCGCAUUUGUUCCGAAAACAGUGAUGUAAAUACUUAUCUUUCGUGUGAUCAAGGAAAGGCACUGAAUUAGGAGAACGUCAACAAGACAGGGUAUUAUAAAACGACCUUCAGCAUUUCCGCGGUUUCAACUUCAAAGUACUAGCAGCAAAGCUUGAAUGGUCUGAGCCACAGACCCCCCACAUGGCCUACUGGGAUGGAGGUUCAGGCACCCGCGAUGGGAGGCGGGUUCCGCCGACAUCCGAUGUCCGACAAAUUCCGUCUCCAAACACAGAGACGAUGACCCCAGACACGGAAGAGAAUGUUAUUGAUGAGGCGGAAGACGUUAUUAGGAACUUUAUUUACGAAAGUUAUCGUCAUCAGUUGGAAGAGGAUACCCCUGAUUCCACCACACCCACCGUCCCAGAGUUAUAUAACUUUACGUCAGAUCCAAUGAGUCGAGCUUCACAAGUUGGCCGACAGCUGGCUAGAAUAGGUGAUGACAUAAAUCGCAGAUACGCUGAUGACUUUCAAGACAUGUUGAAUCAGCUGAGUGUGACAGAAGACACAGCGUAUGAUGUGUUUGCCGGGGUGGCUAAAAAGCUCUUUGCUGAUGAGAUAAACUGGGGCCGUGUAUCUGCCUUAAUGUGCUUAGCUUACCGUAUCACCAUGACUGUAGUCAAAGAGAAGGCCAAAAAGUUCGCACAGUUCCUGAAAGUCAUAGUUAAUCAUGUGGUACGUUUCAUCAAAGAGAAGAUUGCUGGAUGGAUCGCUAGUCAGGGGGGAUGGAGUGCUGCGCUUCAGUAUUCACCCUCCAUGAGUUUCACCUCUCUCUCCAUUGUGGUGGGAUCCUGCCUUGCAGCCAUAGCAGCUGUGUUCUACUUCAGCAAAAAGAGCUGAACCACACGGAUUUUUUAAUUCACUGAUUUAGACUCGAUUCCAGUGAAACCUGACACUUUAUUCCAGUGCUGGUAACCAGUGUAAAGACAAACACUCAGCAGAGUUGCUUUUGGAAUGUAUCCCAGUGUUGGAGCUUAAUAUCAAACCUGUGUUGAAUGGCUGAAUUUAACAGGAUGUGGAUUUCAACAGUUUUGGCAGGGAUGACCAUUUAGAUACAGACAUCAUUUUUGUAAAUAAGAACUCAUGUUUUUAUGAUCUAUCUCAAUGAUUUCUAUGAUCACCAAUGAGAAAUGAAAUAUGGAGGGUGGAAUUGUGAAUUUAUUUGAACACCAAGAUGUCCGACAACAGCUCAUUUAAAGUCCCUGAUCUCAGCACCAAGGACAUGAUCUCAGUGUGUGACACUGUGCUAAAGUCCUUGUGUGUCAACCUAGCUCAGUAGGUAGAUUUAUGCAAUGAAUUACAUCCAAAUAGGAGAUUCUGUAUAGGGCAUCCAUGGUGCAUCAUUUGUAGAUUAUAGAAAGGUACUUAGUUUAACAAUAUAUUAUGAAUGUGCGUAGAGAUCUAGAAUGAUAAAUUGAAUGGAUUUAGUUGCAUGACCUGUGACCUCAAUACUAAACCAAAAUAUUUACUUUCAUUUGUAAAGGUUAAAUCUGUGAAAUUUGCAUCUCAAAAGAUGAUGAAAUUUUUUUCUCAAAUGAUGAGGAGUACAUUGUACAUGAGUUAACAGUAUGAGAUAUUGGUUCUGUGUACACAAUGAAGUAGGAGAUUUGAUUCUGUUUACACACUUUUGAUUUCUCUCCUCUGAUCUCAUCCAAGUUUGAGAUGUCAUAUAAUGACUUAUUUUGAUUUGAUUGUCCAGCAUGAUACAGAUUGAUGAGAAUGCUACAAAACUGGGCUUUUACAAGUAGCUAGUCAAUUAAGAUAAAUGAAUUUUUUCAGGUUAGAAUUAUACAUUACUUUGUGGUUUUGUUCCUGUAAAUGUAGGAAAAUUAUUGAAAAGUAUUCAAGACUGAUAGAGAUAAUAUACUUGUUCUUUUGGUCACAAUUGAAAAAACUGGUGAACGUCAAUCGGUGACUGUUGACACACUUCCAUUAUAAUGUAUAUAUCUGCAUAUUUUAUAUCAAGAGACCUGUCAUCAUUCUGAUAAAAAGAUGUGCCAAUUUUUCUACUGUUGAUUCACAUUCUCAAUAAAAACAUGUAAUUUAUCAAAUAUUUUAUAGAUUUCCUGGAUUUUGUCGGUCACAUUUUUGAAUUUCAUCACUUAAUGUUAUGCAUUUUUUGUGAUUUUAUUUCUUUUCUUCUGAUUUCCAUUUUCAUGGUUUGAAAUGUACUUGGAAUGGCGACAAGCUUGUAUUUGCAAAAAAGUUAUUAGGUUGGAGUAUUAUGUUGGCUGAACAAAGUUUGGAGAAUGUGAUGAAUAAUGGUAUUAGUAUGAAAAUGGCUUGAUAUUCAAUGUGUAAUUUAUAUUCUAUAUUUAAAAACAGGAUACACAAGGUUUUUUGUUUUGCAUGACCAUUUCACUGUUUUGAUUUUGAGCUUAUUUCUUUAACCAUGUCUCAUGUAAGUAACUAAUCUUCAGACAGGACACAAAUUUUGUGAGGAAUGUAAUUGUUAUACAUUUGGUGUAUAGAUAAUGUGAAAUCAUAUGAUUUACUGUAAAAUUAUUGAUAAAGAUGAACAAAACAGAUUCAUUGGUUCUGGGGUGCUACUGCAUCAGGCUGACAACUACUGACAUAGAAAAAAUAGAAAAUAAGAGGUUUUAGGAUAUCAGCUGUAAAAUUAUAGAUAUAUUCAAAAUUCAUAACUAGCUCAUAGCACAUGAAAUAUUAAGUUAAUAUCUGUACAAAAAUUAAGAAAACAAGUAGUUUUUAAAUUCCAUUUUGUUCAAAGAAAAAUAACUCCUACAUGUACAACAUCAUGCUAUGUGAGCAUAAAAAUAAAAGGCCAGCUCGUCAAACUGAAACUUGUAAAUAAUUACCUGAAUCUGCAUAAAGAACCAAAAAUCUUCAACAGAACCAAAAAUCCACAAAAUCAAGUCCUAAUGAAAAUGUCAAUUGUUCUGAAUCCUCAACAUUGAACAAAUCAUUGAAAUCAAGUGCUUUCAGAUUUACCAAAAAUGAGCUAGCUUUUUUUUUUUCAUGAUAUAUUUUAUUUAUUCUUGCUGAUGUUAAAGAGACCUAGAGACAAUGACUGUUUUCACUUAUUGUAUCUGAUAUUGUAUUUGAUGAAGACUUAUCCUUGUAUUUUGUACAUAGCCGGUCACAAGACAUUAUGUCUUUUGAGUGUAGUAAUCACUGGAUGCUUUGAUUUGAUACAGGUAUUGGGUAAUUUAUUAAAUAAGCUGUAAGGUAUUUAUGUUUCUCUUGCCUAGUUUAUGAAAUUAUUAUUAUUAGAUAAAGUACCAAAAAAAAACACCCAAAGAGCUGUCAUCAUUGUAAUCACUGUUAGGUGUUUUCAGAAGCAGAGUUAUUUUGAGUAGAUUUUACGGCAAGUUGAACAUGAAUUCUAGGCUUAUUUUCUGUUACUUGUAUUUAUUCCAUAUAUGUUUGUUAUGUAAACUUUUUAUUUCAUCUUUGAGAUUCUUUUUAUACAAUUGCUCAUUUCUUUUUUUUAGCAGAAUGCUAAAUGUAUUUUCUAUACUGUGAUCUGUUCAGUCCCAGAUAUUAACCUCAGGCUUUGCAGACCACUGUACACUUGUUCUACUUUUUAAUUGUUUCAGAUACAAUUAUAUUUGUGACAAGAAGUCAUAAUAAAUCCAUCAUUAAUAA